GCCGGAAAUUGAAAUUUUGGGACGCCAUCUUCAGCAUAAAGAAAGAGAUAAUUAGAUUUUUAAUUUUGAAUAAUGGCGUCAGCUGUUGGGAAAACUCCCCCGAAACCUGCAGUGGAUAACAAAAAAGAAGAAAGUACUCCAAAUAAACCAAACCAAAACGAUAGAAAAUCUCAAGAGAAAGAUACGAAGGACAUUAAAAACGAAGGCCCCCAGCAAGAUAACCGUAACAGAAAUCAAAAUCGAUUUAAUAAUAACGAUAAUAGAUUUCAAAACAGGAGAGGCGGUAGGGGAAACCAGAACAACCAGGGUAGGUUCAAUCAGCGUGGUCCUAACCAAAAUAGAGAUACUUCAAGAGAUAGUGGAAAUCCUUUUGAACCUGCAGGAGAUUUUUAUGGGGAACAAAAUGAAGCUCCAAAAGAACAGAAGAAGUUUACAGGCAGAUGUAGACUAUUUGUUGGUAAUAUCACACCAGAAGUAACCGAAGAACAAUUCAAAGAGAUGUUCACACCAUUUGGAGAAGUCUCUGAGGUGUUUGUAAAUGCUGCCAGGGGUUUUGGAUUCAUACGCUUGGAUUAUAGAAUAAAUGCAGAAAGAGCUAAAAUGGAGUUGGAUGGACAAAUGCGCAACAAUCGUGUUUUAAGGGUUAGAUUUGCUACACAUGGAGCUGCUUUGAAAGUAUUUAAUUUGUCCCCUUUUGUAUCAAAUGAACUUCUUGAGCAAGCUUUCUCUCAGUUUGGUGAGGUUGAGCGUGCAAUAGUUUGUGUUGAUGACAGAGGGAGGUCAUGUGGAGAGGGAAUUGUGGAGUUUGCUAGAAAACCAGGUGCACAGUCUGCCCUUAAGCGUAUCAAUGAAGGUGUCUUUCUUUUGUCAGCGUAUCCAAGACCAGUCCGUGUAGAAAUGCUUGAACAGAGAGAUGAGGAAGAUGGUUUAACAGAAAAAUUUGUUCAGCGAAAUGAUGGGUUUAGGAAAGACAGAGAAAAAGAACCAAGGUUUGCUCCUCCAGGCUCAUUUGAGUUUGAAUUUGGCAUGAAGCAUAGGCAGAUAGAUGAUAUGGAAAAAGAAAGAAGUGAAAGAAUUAAACAAGAUAUGGAAAGUGAAAGAACAAGAUUGGCAGAGGAAAUGGAAACUGCUAUCUUUGAUUACCAGGCUGAUCAAAUCAGACAGGACUUGAUGAGACAGCAGGAAGAAUUGAAAAGACUGGAUGAAAUGAAAAAUGAGCAUAUGAGACGAAGACAGGAAAUGGAUCUCAGGAGAAGAGAACAAAUGCAGGGAGGAAUGGGAGACAACAUGAUGAGGCAGGAAGAGGAACGAAGACGAGAAAUGAUGAUGCGGGCAUCUAAUGCUAUGAGUAGAGAUCGUGAUGGUAAUAUGAAUCAGGGACCUCAAGGGCAAAAUAGAGGACCGAGUGGCCGUCCAGAUGAUAUGAUGAUGAGAGGAGGGCCUGGAGGUCAAGGCGGCCCAGGUGGCCCUGGUGGUAUGAGAGACCAAGGUAAUCAGAGGGGCCCAGGCACACCACCAAUGCCUCCACCCCCUGUACCACCUGGUAUGAAUAUGGAACAGAACAGACCUGGUGGUGGAAAUAUGGAACGAUUUGGACCAGGAGGUGUGAGCCCUGGAAUGGACCAGCCCAACAUGGAGAGACCACCCCCAGGCAUGCCAGGCAACAUGAAAGGCGAUAAUAUGCAGCGUCCAGGCCCAGGACCUCAAGGACAACCACCAGGAGGACGUUUCCAAGGGCCACCAGGCCCAGGAGGGCCCCCAGGGGGACCAGGUAACUUUGGUGGCCCUGGGGGUAUGGGUGGCCCAGGGGGCAACAUGUUUCCAAAAAUGCCUGGACCGGGACAUAUGGGUCCCGGUGGACCGCCAGGUAACCAGAAUAUGCGUGGGAAUGAUAGAAGAGAUCCAGUGAGAAGAGAUGAUUUUGAUAAUAAAAGAAUGAGGCGUUAUUGAAUCGUGUACAAAGAACAAAAACAGAAAUGAUUUCAUAAACGAUAGACAUAAAAAGUCACAUAAUAUUGAACUAGAAAUUAGGAAUAUGUGUACAUUAUUUUGUAAAGACUCUGAAUCAUGUUAUGAUUGCUAGUCAUUAAAUGGAAAUGCAAAGACCAUGCACUUAAAAGACAAACAUCUGAUAGUUUUAAGACACCAAUUAACUGUUGAAUUCCAAAUAGACUUUGUAAAGCCAUUCAUAUGUUUUGAACCUGGAACAUGACUAAGUAGUUGAAGAUUUGAUGAUUAUAUAGCACUCAAAGAGCUCAAGUGAACAUGACUGUUGUUACUUUCUUGUGUAAAAAAUCCUUUUUUUGUGGUGUUUGUAGUUAUGCAUGAAAACAAAACUUUAUAUAAUUAUGAUAAAUACUAUGGGCAUACAUUUUAUCCUUGAAGAAUGGAUGAAUAAACCUUUAGCCUGCAAGUGGCAACUGAAUUUACCCAUGCAACCAGUACAGACCAGUCUGAUCUUGAUCUGUACUGUUUGGUAUUCAUUUUGUACAUAUAUUGAAAUUAUUUGCAAAAAUGAUGAAUGGUUUGAUCCAGAUUGAAAGAUGGACAAGUUCAUUUAAGAUAUUUAGCAUGGUAAGGGUUAAUGUAAAACAUUUUAAUGUAAUGCUUUCAGGAGAUGGUACAUUCUGUAAUAUCUAUUUGUCGUUUCAUUUUCAUCCAUUCAUUGAUCAUUGUAUUAUAGUUUAUCAUUGUCUUCUUCAUUGUAGAAUCUCAUUAACAUGCCAUUAAUCAUAUAUCAUUGAGACAUUUAACCAUUUGAAAGUUACAAUGGCAUCUGACCCACAACAGUCCGUCAGGGCUGCAUUUUGUCUCAAUGGAUAAUUCAUUUCAUCCUAGCAAUUUAUUUAGUAGCUUUGCAAAAGAAAGUGUCAUAAUUUUUUUAAUUAAAUUUUAAUUGUUUUCUUUGCCUAGGAAAGGUUGUGUAUUUCUUAUAAAAACAACAAGCUCUGUAAACCUUGCACAGCUUUUGUCUCUGGGGUAGGGAUGUAGCGAGUUGUUGUACGAUAGUUCAUAUAAGCCAAAUCUGCAAAUUGUGAAAAUAGUUCAUAAUAUAAUGACAGAAUCAGCCAAAUCCACAAACUUACGAAAAUAGCUUAUAUAACAGAAUUCGCAAACUUUUGAAAAAAGUUCAUAUAGCCAAAUCUGAAAAAUCUAUAAAAAGCAGCUAUCACUUACUCGUUAUUAAAACUUAUUAAGAAAAUAUUUUCUUCUUAUAUAUCAUUUCUUAUUAUUGACCCCUUUUUUGCCAAAAUUAUUUCUUAAUCUUUUAACAUCUUUGAUGCUGCAGCAUAGCUGUUUACAGUGAAAAGUUUUGAAUUGAGAAACUACCAUCACCUGUUUGUGUCUUUAAUUUUAUUUUGUUGUCUCACAAUCAUUGUGUUAAUUCAGAAAAUACUAAAUCAUGAGAAUACUAAACCAAAAGAAUACUGAAUCAUGAGAAUAAUAAAUCAUGAGAAUAUUAAAUCAUAAGAAUACUAAAUCAUAAGAAUACUAAAUCAUGCCAUGCUAUCUUUAUCUUGCUAGCAGUGCUAGUAUCAGGUAUGUUGCUUCAUUUUGUAAGCACUGGAAAUAAAGAAAGUUUAUUUUUUAACUUUACCAGUCAUGAUUGUAAACAAUUGUGAAGUUUUUACCAAUAUUAAUUAUCCUAUAAGUUUUACUAAGACAAAAUGUUGAAAAGAAGAAGGAAUCAGAAUCAUAAAGAAUAAACAUGCAGUGGUAUACAAGUGGCUGAAUUUUAUAUUCUGUUGAUUAUUUUGUUUAUCUUUUUUUAUAAGUCACUAAAAUAUGGUGUAUUUUAUGGAAUAAAAAACUGUUGUUAUUAUGUUAUAUUUUGUUUAUAUUUAAUUAAAUCUUUUGAUAAUGUACAUAUUAGAUUUUAAAGUGCAGAAAAAAUGAUCAAUCAAAAAAAGUCAUUAAGAAUUUGGUGCAUAUGGAGUUCUGUUGUGUACGGCCUCCCUCCAUUUAGAGAAAUUAAUGAGACAACAAUAUCUUAACACAAUAACUAUUAUGUUUGAAAAGUAUUUGUAUCUUUAAUUAUUGUUUUUUUUUCCUCUCUUUCAUUUUAAAGAAGAAAAAAAACAAGCUUUUUUUUUUAAAGAUUUUGCUAGUGAAAGCGUAAGGAAUUGAAUUUAUUAUAAUAUGGAAUAGAAAAAAAAAAAGAAAUAUUUUUUAUUAUAAUAUUAUAUUUUAUGUCCACCUGUGUAGUAUACCAUUUCCUAUAAUUCUAUUGUGUUGUCUUGAUUUUUGAAUAAAUAUUGUAACAACCAG